AUGAUCACCGAGCUAAAGAAGCUCAUGCGUGAGGUUUUCCCCGUCGUCGAGUACGCCUACACCACUAUCCCAACUUAUCCAUCAGGCCAGAUCGGCUUCCUAGUCGCCUGCAAGGAUGCAGAACGCAAUGUCCGCGAGCCCCUUCGCAAGUGGAGCAGAGAAGAGGAGGAUAAACUCUGCAGAUACUACAACCAGGAAAUCCACCGUGCUAGCUUCAUUCUUCCCAACUUUGCUCGAAAGGCUCUCGAGUAA